CACAGAAUAGAUACAGCAGAAGCAACAAACAGAGAGAGAGAGAGCAGCUAUUGCUGUUAUCGGAGCAGCAACCAACAUCAACAUCCGUCAAUUGCUUCUUAAUGACGCACGAAGCACCAGCAAGCUUCCUAGACCUGAAUUAAUGGCGAUUAAUUAUGCAGGACGGCUCCAUUUCCUGCACCCGGCCUAGACUUGAAGAACAGGAGUCAAGUCUACUUCCACUUCCACUCCAAAAGCUACGGUGCGGACUCGACUCGGUCAUCGCCAUUCCAGUGUCUUCGCUUUUUGUCGGUCUGCUCUAGAUCGACAUCGACGGUGUAACAAGAUAGAUUCCGACUGUGUUAUAUGUCGUGGUUCCCUUAGCAUUAUAUAAACCCGGAGAUGCACUGUUAAUGAAAGGAAAUGAGGAAAUGCUACGGUGGCGUUAUUGUCGCAUCUUUCUUGAUGUUACUCGUUUUUGGAUAUUAUGUUAUCAAGAAUCCUAUCAAUGAAAGUUACUUCACAAGUCCUGUGACCUUCAAUGGAACCAAUCCUCUUGAGUGGCUAAGUUCCGGUGCUCCGCCUGCUCUGCAAAAUCCGGGGCACACUUCUCAAGUGAUAUCUACUGAAGACAUUGUAGCUGAACUCUUUGCUCGAAGGAACCUUUCGAAAGAGGAAUUGCGUUCUUUGCAAACAUGGAACCUUUUGAAAGUUUUGGUUACACGCGAUCAGGGCUUACCGAAUGCUGUUGAAGCUGUUAAGGAGGCUGUUACUGCGUGGAAAAACCUGAUUACCUCUGUUGAAGAAGAGAAAAUUCAAAGUAAUAAUGGAAGUUCACAGAAGAGAGGGAAAGAGAAACAGUGUCCACACUUUCUUAGCAAGAUGAAUGCCUCAGAACAUGAUGAUAAUGGCUUUAAAUUGUGGAUUCCUUGUGGCUUAACUCAAGGUUCUUCAAUCACAUUUAUUGGCAUCCCUAAUGGCCUUCUUGGUAAUUUCCGAGUCGACUUGACUGGUGAACCACUACCUGGGGAGCCAGAGCCACCCAUUAUUCUGCACUAUAAUGUUAGACUUCAUGGUGAUAAAAUAACAGAAGAUCCUGUGAUUGUUCAAAACACGUGGACCAUUGCACAUGACUGGGGCGAAGAGGAGCGCUGCCCGUCUCCAGAACCCGAAAAAAUUAAAAAAGUUGAUGAUCUGGACCAGUGUAACGAGCUGGUGGGUAGAGAGACUAACCAGACCGUCAAAGCUAGCCGUCUUGCAAAUGGAACCUCGAAGAUCUCUAUGGUACAUGAUGGGAAGACAACCAAGUACUUUCCUUUCAGGCAACAUGAUUUAUUUGUUGCUACACUUAGGAUUGGUGCUGAAGGAAUCCAAAUGACAGUAGAUGGGAAGCACAUAACUUCAUUUGCCUUUCGUGAAACUUUGGAACCAUGGCUAGUCAGCGAAGUGAGAAUUUCAGGGGACAUAAAUUUAAUUUCUGUUGUCACCAGUGGUUUGCCGACAUCAGAAGACUUAGAUCAUACAAUCGACUUGGACAGUCUUAAAGCUGUUCCAAUACCUCCACGAAGGUAUUUGGACCUUUUUGUUGGUAUUUUUUCGACCGCCAACAAUUUCAAACGGAGAAUGGCAGUCCGGAGAUCUUGGAUGCAGUAUCCUGAAGUACGGUUGGCAAAGGUUGCAGUCCGAUUCUUUGUUGGUCUGCAUAAGAACCAGAGGGUGAAUGAGGAGCUUUGGAAUGAGGCAAGAACUUAUGGAGACAUCCAGCUGAUGCCUUUUGUCGACUACUACAGUCUCAUCUCAUGGAAGACGAUCGCCAUCUGUAUCUUUGGGACUGAGGUGGUUUCUGCCAAGUACAUCAUGAAGACAGACGAUGAUGCGUUUGUUCGGAUAGAUGAAAUCUUGAAUUCCGUAAAGAGUACCAACACGGCCCGAGGUUUGCUCUAUGGCCUCAUCAAUACAGACUCAAAGCCUCAUAGGAAUCCAGACAGCAAAUGGUUUAUCAGUCCUGAGGAAUGGCCUGAUGACACAUACCCACCUUGGGCACACGGUCCUGGCUACGUUGUGUCGAACGACAUUGCAAGGACAGUCUCCAAGAAACACAGAAAGGGCCGUCUAAAGAUAUUCAAGCUAGAAGACGUCGCCAUGGGGAUCUGGAUUGCGGACAUGCAGAAAAAGGGGUUGCAAGUGAGAUACGAGAAGGAUGAGCGAAUCAUCAACGACGGCUGCAAGGAUGGGUACGUCGUCGCCCAUUACCAAGGCCCGAGAGAGCUACUCUGUUUAUGGCAAAAGAUUCAAGAGAAGAAACGCGCUAACUGCUGCGGUGAGUAACUACACAUUCGUCUUCAGGAGUAAUGCUUACAGUUGUUCUUAUCAAGCUGUAGAGCUAACAUCUUGCGGCUGGCUCCAAAAAUGUCCUCAAAAGUUGAAAGGCAAAGACAGCCAGACAUAUUACCCAUGGACUGAUAAGAGGUACAGAUGUAAUUGGCAUAUAUAUAUAUAUAUAUAUGUAGUUGUUCUGGCAGAAUCUAAUAUAUAGUAGUAUAAGAUAUGCCUAUUGGUCCGGGUCCGGUUUGGGUCCGGGUCCGGGUGAUAGAGAGUAAGGAGUAGAUUUUAUGGCUUCCAUUUUUUGAGCAGGAAAUAGGAGUUUUUGUAUCAUAUGUAUAGAGGGAAAUACAAGCUGAUUUGCCCAUUCAUAUCUAAUUUUAGUAUGUAUGCAUAUGUAUACUUUUAUGAGCCUUAAAAUUAAAGUAAGGAUUCGUUUGUUGUAGAGAAUGUAAUUUUAGAAAAAUAAUAGUAGUGACUGGAGCAGUAGAAAAAAAAAA